UGUUCAUCCUGUCUCCACACCAUAGGAAGGCAAACUAACAACCACCACUUCAUCCACCAUCAGCAGCAGCAGCAGCAGCAGAAGAUCAUGGCAGGCGGAGGUACAUCCGGUCAGUCUCUUGAGUACACUCCGACAUGGGCCUUCGCCACUGUCUGUUUCUUCAUCAUUGCCAUCUCCAUUAUUAUCGAGCACUCCAUCCAUCUCAUCACCAAAUGGCUCAAAAGAAAUCGGAAGUCUGCCCUCUAUGACGCUGUUGAAAAGCUCAAAUCUGAGCUUAUGUUACUAGGGUUCAUGUCACUCAUACUAGCAGUAACACAAGAGCACAUUGCCAACAUCUGCAUACCCACUAGGCUUGCAGACAUCAUGCUUCCAUGUCGAAAGGAGACUGAGGCGGAAACCCCCACCACGGUGGAGCAUUUUACAGUCGGAGUUGUCAGAAAUUUGAACUUUUCGGUGUCGGGUUUGUAUAAUGGUAGUCUCUGGACAAUACCACGUAGAAGAUUGGACGAUGAUGCUGUGGAUGCUGGUGCAGUUAACAGUACUGAUAAAUGCACAGCUGAAGGAAAGGUUUCACUAGUGUCACAAGAAGGGAUACACCAGCUUCACAUAUUCUUCUUUGUGCUAGCAGUCAUGCAAAUUGUUUAUAGUGUACUUACCAUGGCUUUGGGUAGGCUCAAGAUGAGGCGUUGGAAAGCUUGGGAGAAAGAAACUCAAACAACUGAGUACCAAGCUGCAAAUGAUCCAAAUCGAUUUAGAUUCACUAGACAAACAACAUUUGGGAGACGUCACAUGACGCAUUGUACAGAUUCAACAGCUCACCUGUGGAUUAAAUGUUUUUUCAGACAGUUCUUCAAGUCAGUAGUGAAAGUUGAUUACCUCACCUUGAGACACGGUUUUAUCUCGGCUCAUUUGUCUGAGAGGCACAACAACUUCAAUUUCCAGAAGUACAUACAGAGAUCUUUGGAAGAAGAUUUUAAAGUGAUAGUCAGUAUCAGCCCACUUUUGUGGUUAAUAGUUGUCAUCUUUAUGCUUGUGGUUGUUCAAGGUUGGCACGUGUAUCUCUUUAUAUCAUUUAUCCCACUACUAAUAGUGCUAGUGCUUGGAACUAAACUAGAAGUGAUAGUCGCAAGAAUGGCUCUUCAACUCAACAAUCAGGACAAUGUAAUCAUAGGAGCACCUCUUGUUCAACCCCAUGAUGAUCUUUUCUGGUUUGGGCGCCCAAGAUUUGUUCUCACUCUUCUCCAUUUGACUCUCUUUCUGAAUGCAUUCGAGCUUGCCUUCUUCGUUUGGGUAACGAUACAGUUUGGGUUCAAUUCAUGCUACCAUGAGCACACAGGGAUUAUUGUGACAAGAGUUGUGUUAGCGGUGGCAGUUCAGCUUCUUUGCAGCUAUAUUACACUUCCCCUUUAUGCACUUGUGACACAGAUGGGAUCACAAUUUAAGAGUAAGGUACUAGAAGAGAAAAUAGCCAACAUUAUAAAGCAAUGGCAUGCCGAGGUGAGAGUGAAGAGGAAGAAGCAAGAACAAUGUUCAUUAUUAACGUCUCCUCGAACUUCUUUGUCAACACCUGAUUGGAGCCUCAGAAACAGUCUCACUGAUUUCUCAUCUCACCAUCAUCAUCGACCCACUUCAACUACUCCAAUUCCAACUGAUCAAACCAACAAGAAUAAUUUCACUAAUAGAGAAGAGAUCACUGAAGAAAAAGUAGAUACACCAAAUGAUCAUCGAACACUAGACUCUACAUGGCUUCCAUACCAAGCUGGGGUGGUAGAAUUGUCAACAGUGAGGCGAGAUAAAGGAAAUUGAAAUGGUAAAGGAUCCCGCUUCCUUUAUUGUGGAGACAAGUUUAGUGGACGGUUCAUCAUGCGUUACAUUUUAAUGAUAUGAAUUGUUCAUUUUGUAAAUUAUUGUAUGUAGAAAUUGAAUUAGGGGAGGCUUUCAUCAACUAAGGCCGGCUUGAAAUAAUUUGAGACUAAAAUGAGAAUUUUAAAUGAAUUUUUAUAUAUUUUUUAAUAUUCUUGUAACUUUUUAUUUAAAUUUUUUCCCCUCUUUUUGAAAUGUAAAAUAACUAAAAGAUAAUAUUAAG